AUGGAAGAGCCGUCGCGCAAUCAGCAUGACCCUGCUGCUCACACCCCAUCCACACACGUUGUUAUUGCCGUCUGUGGCUGCGGCAAUGACGGCCGUCUCGGUUUAGGGACACUUGAGUCAAAAAGCCGCAUUACACUUGUUCCCUUCUUCUUGGGGACUGUCCUGCGGGAGGGCCAUAACAACGCGGCGGAUAUGAAUGGUUCCGGGGAGCCAUUGGGCACCAUCCUUGCUGUGCGCGUCGGCGGGUACCAUAACUUUGCCAUCACCACGACGGGUGUCUAUGGUUGGGGGCUAAACGAACACGGCCAGCUUGGUUUGGGGCGCGGCUCUGCGUCAUCUGUGCCGCUUCCCACCCGUAUCCCUUUCUUUGACGAGGAAACCGUCAUAGACAUCCAGUGUGGCGCCUAUCACACUUUUGCAUGGACGAAGAAGGGACUUUUUGUGUGUGGCAAAAACAGUGAUGGUCAGCUUGGCCUGCUGGACGAGGGCGAUCACCUCUCAUUUACGACGUUGCUGACGGCAGCGCAAGCCAACAACAGUAAUGUCAGGGAGAGUGAUGAAAUCGGUGAGUGCCGUUUGAUUCAACAGGGUCAGUUGACGCAUGUGAGCUGCGGGACGCAUCAUACGCUUCUUGCCUUCCGUGAUGUCGUGGUGGUGAGGGAAGACAACGGCGAGGUGCAGCGACAGCAAGCGCCUCCGCCAAAGUGCUACCCGCUUCUUAUCGCAGCGGCAGGGAAGGGGGAUUUUGGUGAGCUUGGCUACGACGGAGAUGCGUGGUCUGUAUUACAGGCGAAGACAAAAACGAUGCAGUAUGCAUUGAGUCAUGGUUUGCAGAAGCAGCAGGAAGAAACCGAUUCGGACGCCCGUAUUCGGAUUUGUAUGGAGAAGAAAUGGAAGGCAGUGAAACCUCGUCGAGCCCUUUUUUCCUCUUUGCACUUCCAACCGGUACUUUUUCCCAUCCUACUUGAUCAAAUGGUGGCACCACCGGCCACGUGUUAUCGCGAAAUUCUGAGCCUUCAUGCGAUGCACCUGCAUUCCGCAGCGAUUCUGCGAGAACGUACUUAUACUGAGAAUCAAUCUGGAAACGCCGGUCGCAUUCGAACCUUCCAUUGGGGCUGUUACUACUGCAAUGUUCCCGAAGAUGACGCCUCUUCUAUUCCACGUGAAGAUGAGAAGGAGGGAGUCUUUCUGCACGCGGGCAAUGAGACACUGUUCCGCUACACCACUACUCCCCCCGCAGAGGUGGAGGUGAUGGGGAGCGGCAUGCUUGGGCUGGGCGAAGAGGACUCGUUGGUGACGUCCUGGACCCCGUUACCGCUACCACACGGAGCGAAAAACCUUUGCAUCCGAGCCAUUACAGGGAGGGAACAUUACCUCAUUCUGCUAGAAAACACACUUGUUGUUGGCUUUGGUGAUAAUAUGCAUGGGCAACUCGGGGUUGGGGAGUCGCAGGAUGUCGUGCUGUGCCCUACUGUUCUUCUUCGAACUGGUGAUGAGAUGGAAACUGCUACGCCGUUUGCCGGGGGGUGUCGAUGGAAGGUACAGUCUAUUCGCGAUGCUGCAUGUGGGGUGCGUCAUUCGGUGUAUCUUGUGGAGAUUUGUUGUUUGUCCACCACAGAUGUCACUUCUGCACCGCAAGCAUAG